UUGCUAACUGAUGAAGGUGAUGGAGAUAAAUGAUCCAAAACACGACUUGACUCGUCAGAACAGCAGGCGAGCCCGUUCAAAUGAUUGACAACCAUUCUGGCCAAUCAGAUGCAGAACGGGUUAUGCUCCUCCAAUCAAAACUCCUGCUCUGCAAGAGGUAGGUUGUAUCCAACUGAGGAAAAUGUUCUGUUGUGUGUUGAGUCACCGGGAAAAUCGUUACGCGAUCGAGAAAGUCGACGCUCACCGGGAACAGUCAGAUUUGUUCAAACGGGCUUAUAGUAGUUACAAUAUUCAGAUAUUCUUCUUAACGGGGUUGAAAUGUUACAUUUUCGGUCAGCGGUAGCGCUCAAGGAGAUAUUCCAAAGCCAGCUGAAGCGUCCGUUGACAAGUACAGUCCGUGGUGUGAAAGCGGCAUCCGCACCCGCCGCCAGUUUGGAUGGAAGGUCGCCAGCCAGAGGGAGGGCGUUUGCGGGAUGGAGAGCACCGCAGGACUUCACCAGAGGCUUAUGCACCAAGGGCGACGACCAGCCUGACGCCGCCAAGGACGCUUCCGUGGAGAAGAGGAAGGCCGGUAUCCUGCCCAGUCUGGAGGACCUGCUCUUUUACACUAUUGCUGAGGGCCAAGAGAAAAUCCCGGCACAUAAAUUCACCACAGCUCUUAAAGCCACUGGCCUUCGCACAGGAGACCCGCGACUGAAGGAAUGUAUGGAGAUGCUGAAGGUGACCUUGAAGGAGACCUCUGAUGGAGCGCUGGACCGACAUCUUUUCAAAAAAUGUGUCCAGAGCAACAUUGUUCUGCUCACCCAGGCGUUCAGAAAGAAGUUUGUCAUCCCAGACUUCCAGCCCUUCUGCGCCCACAUCGACGACCUCUAUGAAAAUGGCAAAAAUCUGUCUGGAGGGCAGGUGGCAGACUACAUCCCCCAGCUGGCCCGCUUCAGCCCAGACCUGUGGGGCGUCGCCCUGUGCACCGUGGAUGGACAGAGGCACACUGUGGGCGACACCAAGGUUCCUUUCUGUCUGCAGUCAUGCGUUAAGCCACUGAAAUACGCCAUCGCCAUUCACGACCACGGCAUGGAGUAUGUGCACCGCUUCAUCGGUAAAGAGCCCAGUGGCCUGCGAUUCAACAAGCUCUUCCUGAACGAGGAAGAUAAACCACACAACCCCAUGGUUAAUGCUGGCGCUAUCGUCUGUACCUCCCUCAUUAAGCAAGGGGCAAGCAACGCCGAGAAAUUUGAUUAUGUCAUAAACUUUAUGAACAAACUGGCAGGAAAUGAGUACGUGGGCUUCAGCAACGCCACUUUCCAGUCGGAGCGCGAGUCUGGAGACAGAAACUUUGCCAUUGGCUACUACCUGAAGGAGAAGAAGUGUUUUCCAGAGGGGACAGACAUGACCUCUAUCCUCGACUUCUACUUCCAGUUGUGCUCCAUUGAGGUGACCUGUGAGAGCGCCAGUGUCAUGGCGGCAACUCUGGCCAAUGGCGGCUUCUGUCCGAUCACAGGAGACCGUGUGCUGAGCCCCGAGGCGGUGCGAAACACUCUGAGUCUGAUGCAUUCCUGUGGCAUGUACGACUUCUCCGGGCAGUUUGCGUUCCACGUCGGUCUACCGGCAAAAUCUGGUGUCGCUGGUGGAAUUCUGCUGGUUGUUCCAAACGUGAUGGGCAUCAUGUGUUGGUCUCCGCCUCUCGACAAGCUGGGUAACAGUGUCAGAGGCAUCCAGUUCUGCACGGACUUGGUUUCUCUCUUUAACUUCCACAACUAUGAUAAUCUGAGGCACUUUGCUAAGAAACAUGAUCCUCGCAGGGAAGGAGGAGACCAGAGGGUGAAGUCAGUGAUCAAUCUGCUGUUUGCUGCUUACACAGGAGACGUCUCAGCGCUGAGGAGGUUUGCACUGUCCUCCAUGGACAUGGAGCAGAGGGACUAUGACUCCAGGACGGCUCUGCAUGUGGCAGCGGCUGAAGGACACACUGAGGUGGUGCGUUUCCUGCUGGAGGCCUGUAAGGUCAACCCAGUUCCCAAAGACAGGUGGGGCAACACGCCCUUGGACGAGGCGAUCCAUUUUGGCCACCACGACGUGGUCACCAUCCUUCGUGAUUACCACAACCAGUACAGCCCUCAGGACAGCCCUGCCAACCAGCAGAACGCAGAGAAGAACCUGGACGGCAUGCUCUGAUGGAAGGACGGCGAGCCGGACGGUGGUGAGCUCUGGAAGAGAAAUGACCCUGGAGGGUGUUCUUGGAGAGGGAGAGAGAAAUCACUUUGUGCUCGAGAAAAACAUCUUAAAUCGAGAUCAGAGAGGUCUGAAAGAAAACCUGAUAAACAACCGCAGUAGACAACGGUUAACAAACCCAACAAUAAACUGUACAGUGUAGAAACAAAGAUAGAUAAAAUAAUGUCUUAACAGUCUCCUUAAACACAAGGCAGUGUAAAACCUCCUCUUCAUGUUGUUACUAUGUGUUGUUUUUGUACUAUAAUACAGUAUGUACUAUACCUUGAGUGGGGAAGUAUUUGUAGAAAGUCACCAGUUGAAUGCUGGGCAAAUUCAGCUGAGGCUGGAAACAACACCAACCUCCACCUUAAAGGUUGUCUUUAUUCUGAAGAGCUGACACAGGAAGCAGCAGGUGUCACAGACGGUUUUGUGCUCCACUUAAACUUCAUGGUCACAGCAGGGUGGAAUAUAUCUUCCCCAAACACUUUGUGUGUGUGGGUGUGUGAUUUAUUAACCUAUUUAAGAUCAACUGUACAGUGUGUAGUGUGUGUGUGUGUAUAUUGCCGAGAUGUGUAAAUACGUACAGAUGUGUGGUUUUAGUUGAAACAAGUUGUGGUCUGGUCGGUUCAGUUUGGAUCACGAGCUUUGUGACGUUUUCACCACAACUUUGGAAACUCUCAGUAUUUGAAUUUUAAAUCUUUUGCUGUACUUUUUUUAUUUCUGUUACCUUCUCUAAUUGUGGAUAUGAGUUAAAAACUUUUUCUUUUUAAUGAACCCAAAACUGUACUUUUAUUUUGAGCUCUUCUGUGUUGUUUAGUUGUUUUUUUGUUUGUUUGUUUUGUUUUGUAACAUAAGGAAAUAAUGUAAACCAGCCAGUUGAAAGAUUCUGCAUAUCAGACACUACGCAGCUUCCUUCUGCAGAAACACUGAGAUACUGUAAAGAUCCACCAAGAACAUAAGUUUGGUUUUGAUUUUGGCUUUCUCUCUCUCUCUUCUUUUUUGCUUGAGGUUCAAGACACUCAAGCUCACAGAUGCUAAACAGCUCCUGAAAUGUGUCCAAGGACUCACUCGGCAGUACAAUCAACUUUCAGUGUUUAUUUUUUAACAGAAUACUUUUCUGCUUAUUCCCAAAUUCAGCGAGUAGAUUUUCUUGUUUAAAAACUGAGUGAAAUCAGUUACUGACCAUUAAAGUCUAUGAACGUGUCUCUGUAGCUGAGCAUCUGUGCUGCUGGGCAAUAAAAUAUUACUGCCAUUUGAAUUUAAUUUCCUUGCAUUGCUAUCAAACUCAAAAGGUGUUUUUCUGAACUCUCGGAUGAAGUCUUUUAGUACAGGAGCUGUGUUGACGCUGUACAGUAUCACAUGAAUGAUAUGGUUUGUAUGAACACUUGUUCCUACAGAGGACUCAGGAGCGUUCAGUCUGUCUCCGUAGCAGAUUGUGAACAGUACAAAGAAAACCAACAGAGCUUUACAGUGCAGACGAAUUGUUCAUUUUUUAUCUGAAAUGUGCAAAAGAAUCUGUCAUACUUGAAAAGUUGUGCAGCUGUUUAGUUAUUUGUGUUUGAAGGUUAGAUGUUGUUUGUGUACAGACAAAGGGAACCAGGCAAUCAACGUGUCAGCAACAAUUUCACAGUGCAGUUUCUUCAAGUUUAGAGCCGUGGGUCGGAUCAGCUCAUUUAUUCAGAUUGUUAAUUUAAGUAAAACAGUUAUUGACAGAAGCACAAAACUGUAAGGUUUUUGACACAACUGGCAAUAGAAGAGUAAUGAUUGUCUCAGAUAUAAUCAGCGACGUUGCUUCGAUGUGACCUGAUCUCAACCUGCAGCCCCGCCCCCUCCGCUGUCAUCAGUGAAAUGAAGUGCCCUGUGUGUGUUGGUGCCGCUGCAACUGAAGUAUUUGUAACGUGUUUGGUGUCGUUCUGUUUUUUCUUCAUAUAUGUUUAUGCUGCUACAGCUCACAUCAGUCGGUUACUGCGUGUCGCAGGAAGUCCAGAUAUUUAUUCACAGAACAAACAUUUAAUAAAAGGUAGGGGGAAAAACAA